ACUCUCCGGCUGGUGAAUUGUUAUAAUCAUUAAUCAGAAAUAUAUUAUAGUAGGGACCAAAGUAGCUGAAUGGCUGCGUUUUUUUUUUAUGAUGGUGUUUCCUCCCUGCACCAUAUUGUAGUGAAUAAAAAUCCCUCUUUGUCGCGGAGCAGAAUCAUUUCGCCUAUCCCCACUCACCCCUUCAAUUUCCUUGCCUUGUUCAAUUCAAUUUGGACUCAGCUAUUGAUUAUGGAUAUUGGGAAAUUCAAAUUAUGCUGUAUGAUAUUUCGCAUUUGAGAGAGAAGCAGGCGAUGAAGUAUUUACAGGAUCUCAUAGUUUAUUAUCUUUUGAAAUUCUCAAUUCCCUUAUGGGAUACUUUGAUUGCUGGUGCUUUUGUACUUGUAACCUUGUCUUCGUCUUUCUACCUCUUGUUCGAGCAUCUUUCCGCGUACAGGAAUCCUGAGGAGCAGAAGUUUUUGAUCGGGGUUAUCCUUAUGGUUCCUUGCUAUGCUGUAGAAUCGUUUGUUUCAUUGCUGGAUCCGUCGAUUAGUGUUGAGAUCGAAAUACUGCGGGAUUGCUAUGAAUCAUUUGCUAUGUAUUGCUUUGGAAGAUACCUUGUUGCUUGCUUAGGUGGGGAAGAAAGAACUAUUGAGUUUUUGGAAAGAGAAGGUCGCUCGAGUUCUAAGGCACCCCUUUUAGAACAUAAUCAUGAAAGGGGAAUUAUAAAACACCCUUUUCCAAUGAAUUAUAUCUUUAAACCAUGGAAGCUCGGUCAGUGGUUUUACCAAGUUGUAAAGUUCGGUAUUGUUCAAUAUAUGUUAAUAAAGUCUUUGACGGCAGUUUUAGCGGUACUUCUUGAAGCCUUUGGUGUAUAUUGUGAAGGAGAUUUUAAAUUGAGAUGCGGGUAUCCUUACAUGGCGGUGGUUCUAAAUUUCAGUCAAUCUUGGGCUUUGUACUGUUUGGUGCAAUUUUACGCUGCCACAAAGGAUGAACUGGCUCACAUAAAACCUUUAUACAAGUUCCUGACGUUCAAAUCGAUUGUAUUUUUGACUUGGUGGCAAGGAGUAGCAAUUGCUCUUCUCUACUCUCUUGGUUUAUUCAAAAGUCCUAUAGCUCAAGGCUUGCAAUUUAAGUCAAGUAUCCAAGACUUCAUCAUUUGUAUAGAGGUUCUUUCAUGGACAAGUCAAGAUUUUAUCACAAGAUAUAUGCGAAAGUUAUGUAAUUCCAACUUGAGUGUUGGAAUUCUUAUGACAGAGCAAACGCAAGAUUUUGUUUUUCAAUAAAACAUCCAUCCAUGUUCAUGUGCCUUCUAUUAUUUGUGGAUGGUAUAGGAGAAAAGUAAGCAUUCUGGGAACUGGAAAUGCUUGUCUAGUUGCUUCUCUAGAGAGGAAACUAUGGCAUGUUGCUGAUUGAUGAGCUUUAGGGCAAGGGUCAAGUAAAAAGUAAAUUGGCAGUGUUCUGCAAUUUAGGGCCAGUGCAGCCUGUCUCAAGUUGUUGAAAUAAGGGGAUGCAGUGAGGAGAGGAGCAGAUAAUGGUCGUAGAUAUUACAGUUCAGAAGGAGGGUGGUAAAGAGUUGGAUGCAGUGCGCUUGGGCUUUAGCUUAAGUGGUGAAGGGCAGAGGAAGAGUUUGAAUAAAAUAGACUUGAGCCUAAUCUUAUCAAUCAAGAAAAGGGACAAAAUAAAAAGCGUUCAAGUGGAUGUACUGUUUGGUUGCUCAUGUAGCAUGUCUAGGAUGUCAUUUCUCAAGGACUUACCAUUCUGAAAUGCUGGACACAUCACCUUUGCAUUAUUUGGCGCUGCCAGACUGAUAAUUUCUGUUACAUGGCUGUUUAAACUUGCUUAUAGAAUGUUUUAUGGGGCAAUUCAUUUUGUUUUGUUGUUCUGGGGAUUUCUGCCUUGUCAUUUGCUUUAGAACUACUUGAAAAAAAUAUGUUAUUCUACUAGCAUGGGUGUUCUGCAGUAGGUUUAGCGAUGGAAUAGACAGAGGCAUCUGAUACAAAGUUACAGUGAUUAUCCACCGAGACAUGCUGGUGAACCUUGCCAUUUGCCCUCCUGUUUAAUGGUUAUGGUGUAAACAAAGUUAUGAACUAUGGUUGGUCCUGUGUCUUUCACUGCAAUGUGCUACAUGUGUUAGUGGUUAAAUUUGAUAGGUGAUGUUUUCUUGUAGCUAUUGUUACAAUAUUCCUGGGGAGUGCAACAGUCAUCAAUGUCUAGAUCUCUUCAAUAAAGUUUAUAAUUGCUUUUUUUAUCUCAUUCAAAAUA